AUGUGGCUAUUUGAUAGUAGGUGUGGAGAGGUGGUUGAAGCAGCAUGGAGAUCAUGUGUAUCAUUAAAUCCGAAUAAAGAAAUCCUUGGAAAAAUAGAAAAGUGUGGCAAAGAUUUAUCAUGGUGGAAUUACAAUGUCUUUGGCAAUGUAAGGAGGGAGUUAAAAAAGAAGAGGGACAUGCUAGCUGAAGAGGAGGCCGUGGCAUUAAGAACUGGUAGCAAUGUACGGAUCAAAGAAUUGCAAAGAGAGAUAAAUGAGUUGCUGGAUCGAGAAACAAGGAUGUGGAAUCAAUGCUCCCAUAUUCUUUGGCUGAAAAAUGGAGAUGGAAAUACAAAAUUUUUCCAUUGUGUGAUUAUGGGAAUAAAUGACAUCCAUGGAGUAUGGAAGGAAAGGUAG